AUGCAAGCGGACCAGGCGCAAGCAGACAAUAUACCAGCCCCCGAGCCAACCGUCGAACCGCGCGCGGAAUUGAACGCCGCCACUCGCCCGGCCAUUGCGUCCAGCUUGGACAACCGAACGACACAGUCGCGUGAAACCAAUGCGCAUACACUGCACGUCACCAAUGAAGGUGACGCAGACGACGUGCCCUUCCAAGGCACUGAUCUUCCGCGAGAGGGCACCAAAUUUGACGACGCCAUCAAGUUUGUCGAGGCGAUGCGCCGGUAUGGGCACGAGCGCGGUUUCAACGUCAUGAAGGACGGCAAGGUCUUCAACGCACGCCAUCCGCACCCCGAGGAUGCCCGCCGCAACGGGUCGAUCUGGCGCUGCAACCUCUAUUGCAACUUCAAGAUUAAGUCGGACUCGUCCGACACACGGCUGCGGUCCAUGUGUCCGUGGUCCGUCAAGUUUGCGUACAGCAAGAAGGCGAAAAGCUACGUGGUCGUCUCGGUCGCCAACGAGCACAACCACGUGACCGCGCCGGUGCACGAGUUGGUGUCGCUACUCCGCGCCAAGAAACAGUGGCCCGAGUACGUCGAGCACACGUGGCAGCAGCACGUGGCCGCGACAGUUCGCACACCACACUGCGUGACGCUUGCCAGCGACGACGAGUGGCAUGUCUCGAUCACGACCGAGCAUCGCAGUGCCUUGAGCGUUGUGACGACGACGACAACGACGCACAUCGUCAUGCGCCACGACGCAGCCCACGGUGGCAUCCCGACGUGCAACUGCGCCACGUUCCAAACGCUCUUUAUCCCUUGCUCGUGCAUUUGCUCUGUGCUGCAACACACCAAAAAAGUCGUGUUUGCUAUCGCCAACCUCCAUUCACGGUGGCACUUGACGUCGCAUGCGCUCUAUGAUGCUGCGCUGCAACGCAUCGAAGAUGACGCGGACUUAAUCGGUGCACCGCGGAUGCUGCCCACCAAUGACCUCGUGCCGUCCCCUGUGCCAGGGCUCUUCUUCUCCAAGGACGAGUACGACGCUAUCGAUGUGCCAGAAGACCCGGCGCAGCGGCUCUUGCAACUGCGCGCGGCAUUUGGCAACGUCGAAGCUGCCAUCUACACGGACGAGAACCUCUGCCGCCUCCUCCAGCACACCUUGGCGCGCUUUGCAACGGCGAUUCGAGAACAGACGCAUGAAGCAGACGAGACGCAACGCUCGGCGACGGCAACGGAACGGACGACGUCGACUAAACCACCAGCGACCAAGCGCCAGAAGAGCAACAGCUUUCUCGUCUAACAACACAAUCCUGCAUCCUUCUUGGCUUGCCAAGUAG